AUGGCAGCAGCAGAAGCUUUGUUAGCUUAUGAACCUUUGCAACACCUUAAGCACGAGAAUUUUAUGCUGCGCGAAGAAAAUCGAAGAAUUCAAAGCGAAGUCCGAGAGCUGAUGACGUGGAAGGACAAAGCUAUAGCUCACAUGACUGCUAUGGCACCAGCACGCCAGCGCGCUGGACGUGAGUUUGAACGUGCAAAACAAUUACAACAACAGCUUCGUACUGUCGAGAGCUCAUUGCAGUCACGAAGUGCUCUUGAGUUAGCCACAGUAGAGCUCAAAUCAGAGCGUGAAGCACUUCAACUUCGCAUUGAAGGACUUGAACGUGAACUUGCUACAUUAAAGUCUCAAAGUAGGCGCAGAAAACGCCGCGCUGAAGAAGCAGAAGCUCAACUUGCUGUCUUAGGAGAGUCAUUUCGACUUCAUCUCGAGCGCUUGAUAGCAAUGCACAAAAAGUUUGAUGGUGUUUCGAAAGGUAUUGACAUAAAAACCAGAAACAAACAUGAGGAAGUGAAGCACGUUGCGGAUAAUGCGAAGGGUCUGGACAUUAAUUCAAGCGAUAACAUUCAUGACAACGCUGUAAAGCAAGAGGAGGUAGUUUCAGAAUUGGAUACUGAUUCAUCGUCCUCCGAUUCUUGGAACUCUGCUGCAUUAGUAACGGGUCUUAACACCGCGGCGUGCAAGUGUUCGCGGUGGCUUGAGGGUCAUUUAACGCAUUCAUUUGCUCUUCUACAACGCAAGGCAGCUCAUUAUGAAAUUGAGCACAAAGAGGUCAAGCGAUUGAAGGAGCAGGUGGAAGCUGCAGGUCGCGUGCCGAAAGAGAUUGCCUUUGAGCAUGCCAACCAAGCUCGCGAACUUGUCGAGUUACGCGAAUCUUUUAGGCAAUUGGAGCAACGAUUGAAAGAUACGGAACGUAAGCUUAAUGUGCAGCAGCAGCAAAAAGAAGACAUGGCAGUUCGCUUACGCUUUGUUACAGGAGAAGUGCGUCAGUACUUGAGACUUGUUCGAGGCGAAAUUAAGCGCAAAUUUGGCUAUUUACCUGAAGCUGUAGCUCAUGCUGAAAGUUGGGCAAGAAUUGCGGAAGCGCUGGAGCUGUUGUUAUGUCAAAGUACAUUAUUGCGAGAUAAUAAAACAAAUCACUCAGAUUGA